GCUGGAAAACUUUAGCUGCUGGGUGCAACUUCCUGCAGAACUGGGAAGGAUAUAAACAGCUAAGUGAUACAAAGCCAAGGAGAAUUACAGAGCAGCAACCUAGAGUACUUUCACCUUCAUACUGCAACAACUAGCACAGAUAAACAUCCAUUCUCCCAGCUGACGUUCCUCUCUGUUUCAUGCUGUUCUCUCUUGGGCAUACUUUGCCUUGCUUGCUUAGUUAUAGAGGCAAUUUAUGCAUACACAGGGGCUAAAGAAACGUGUUGACAAUCAAGCCAACUUGCCUUUUUAUGCCAUUAAACCUGUGCCUCUGACACUAUCCCACCUCAUCCACUGAUGUCUUUCAAUUCAGUAAGGUUCAGUGAGCUGGGAGAGGAAGAGGAGGGUGAAGGUACAGCUCCUGACUUAGAUUCUGUAAAGGCUCUGACUGCUCGACUGAAUUUGCAAACUCGCCGACCUUCUUACCAGGAGUGGACGCAGAGGGUACAAGGGCGACAAUGGCUGAAGAGCAGAGGAGUAGCCACCUUUGCCAGAUCCCCCUCAAAAGAGGAGAAAGAUCCUACAGUAAACAGCAUAUGUGGCUUUAGCUCAAUGGAUGAAGCUUUGGAGUGGCUUAGAAAUGAGUUGAGGGAAAUGCAGGCCUCUGACCACUUGCUAGCCCGACAGCUUAUGCUCCUGAGAUCCCGGAUUUCGCAGCUCAAAGUUGAACAGGCCUGUGAGCGGCACAAGGAGAUGCUUGAUGAUGCCACAUAUGAUCUUGAGGGCUGUGAUGAGGACUCCGACUUACUCUGUAAUAUCCCACCACGCGCUGCCUUCUCUCUCUCAACCCCCCUCAAACACAUUGGUGUUACUCGAAUGAACAUCAAUUCCCGCCGAUUCUCACUAUGCUAAGACCCCAGUUACAUAACAUAGUCAGACAACACUGAAUUGAACCUUUCAGCAUAAUGUAUACUCUAGGCAUGAAAAAAACAUUUAUAUGCAAACUAACUAUAUACAGAGUCCAGAGCAUAUAAGUCUCUUUUGUAUAUUAAAUAUUCAAGUAAUUUUCUAAUUAUUUUUCUGAAAAUGCAUUUCUGCUUCAACAACUGUGUGCUCUAUGGCAUCCUCUUCUAGGAUUGUGCAAAUUGUGUGUCCUGGCAAAUAAUUUUGUCAGUAAGGGUAGCUCCAGGAUUACCAUGCAUCAAUAGGAGCAGCAGCACUUACUUCAGAAUGGAAGGCAGGAAGGACUGAGCUGUGCCGAGCACAACUAUAUGCAAGUGCCAGAAGCACAUUUUGAGUACCUUUCAUGACAGUGGUGUUAAUUGCAACUGACUGUGGGAAAAAAUGCAGGUUGCCCACUAUGCUUUUCCCCAGGCUUUGCCACUUCUCAGGACAGCUCUGCACCCAAAUGGCCAUUAGGUUUUGUGAAAGAUACUCAAACUCCACAAAUAUGGCUUUUUAAUAAAAUAUAUUUUCUCUCUUUAAAAUGUUAUUUUAAAACAUAACUUUUAUAAGACUGGUGCCAUUGUGGUUUCCACAAUCUUUGCAGGUUUCGGAUAUGUGUCCAAGUGAGAGUGUGUUUUACAUGACUGGGAUCUUUUGCUACUGUGGCUUUGAGUGUGAGAACAUCGUAUGUGAGUGGAAAAUGUACUUUUCAAGUUUGCCGUGGCAGAGAAACAUUUUAAAACUGACACUAGUCAGACUAGUCGAAAAACAGAAAAAUCUUAAGGGUGGCUGGAAAGAAAUACAAAGUGCAAAGGAAAUAACAGAAACCUGAACCACAUACAAGCUUGCUUAGAAACACAACAAUACAUUAUACACAAAAAAUCAAUGAAUUAAAUACAACAUACAUGCCAGUAAUGUCUAUCAAUACAGCUUGUCUAUUAUCAACAAAUAAUCCUAUCUUUCAAAUCCAGCCUACAAAAUGGGACUUUGAGUACCUGGGCUCAUUUUGUCAUGCCUGGCAAUAUGACCAUCAAGAUUUUUUAAAUGUGAUCUUUGUUCCCUUUGUCUAAGCAACACUUACUUAAAGGAACCCCUUUAAUAAAUUACCUUUUUUUUUUUUUUACAGUAUCAGUCAUGUAAAGCUUUAGAAAAAAAUAAAAAAAAUAUAUAAGUGUUAGGAACUCCUUGGUCUAGAACCAGGAGCCUAUGGCAUACCGGCCACUGCUCUUCCAGGUUGAGCCACAUGAGGCAGUGUGGUUUGAACUUGAUGGAUAAUAUUAUAGAUUUCCCCUUUUUGUGCUCCUUGGUAACUUGUUAUGAUCUAUCUGCCAGCAAAAGCCUAUUAAGGAUCUAUUUAAGCCUGCCUCCCCCUAUACCCUGUGCUAGAUCACUAGCUGUUCUGCUUUGUCCAAGCCUUUAGUUCCUGUAUUCCUGAGAUCCUGAAUUCCUCUUCCUGUAUCCCAAAGUCCUGAAUCUUGUCAAUUCCUGUCCUUGUCCCCUGUGUUCUAGCUCCUCGGUUUUUACCUUGGCCAGACAAUUGGCAUGACUCUCUGGACUCAUGGACUAUGUUUGCCUGCCACCUUCCCAGACCAAUUGCCGGUUCUUUGGAAUUGUCACUCUUUUACAGUUUCUCUUUAUUAAGUCCGGAAAGGUUUUCCAGCAAGACAGUUCUCUAAAUUAUAAAUGUCUACUGUAAAUUGGCUCUCCAGAGACAGACUUUACUACUCUCACUAUCUUUUGCUGAUAGAAGCUGAACAAUUAAUAUCCUGCUAGCUCAUGAACAAUAAAUAUAAAUGGAAUUUACUGUA